UGAAAACUGACUAACCGGUGAUGUGUGAUUAUUUACAUUCUGCGACCGGUUUCUGUCUUAUAUUGAUUCCACUUCAACAUGGCUCAUCGAUAUUUGAUUUGCCUUCCAACUAGAGCACCUCUCCAAGGAGUUCUAGGCCCCUGUAGAGGUUGUGUGGGAACAGGUCAGCAAUGGUAUUCAAGGAGUUCAGGAUCCACAAUUUUAAAAAGCAGGUAUUCCUCACCACACAAAGGCUUCACACCUGUCAAAUAUCUUACCUCCUCGUCAAAUAAUCUAUCACAAACAGUUGAUGACUGGUUCAGAGAUAACCAGCCUAAACAUAUAUGUUUGGGUAGUUCUAGUGUAAGUAAAUCUGUAAACUCCAGAAUAUUAUAUCAACCCGUGCUAUCAGUCAAUCGUCAUUUUCAUAAUUCCACAUUAUUUCGAAAAGAGGAAUCAACUGUUGAAAAAACUGUGAAAGCUUUACAAGAAAAGUCUCCUGAUGCGGGAACUAAAGCAGCACCUGUAAGUGCACCUGAAACUCAGGUAGCUGUGAAAAAGACAUUAUGGCAACGUUUUGUAGACGAGUUGAAGCACUACUAUCAUGGAUUUCGACUGCUGUGGCUGGAUGUCAAGGUGUGCAGAAGGCUUGUGUGGGCACUGCUGAUGGGCAAACAGCUGACAAGGAGGGAAAACAAACAGCUGGUAAGAACAUCUGCUGACCUGUUCCGACUGGUGCCUUUCAUGGUUUUUCUUGUAAUCCCGUUCAUGGAGUUUCUUCUGCCCGUGGCCCUGAAACUCUUUCCCAACAUGUUACCAAGUACUUUCCAAGAUGACAAACCUGGCAGUAAGAAGGAGCUUGAAAUGAGUAAAAAGAAGCUGAAAGUUAAACUGGAGAUGGCCAAGUUCCUACAGGACACCAUUGAAGAAAGCUCCCUACAGUCAAAGAAAGGCAAAAAGGAAAGCAAGAUGGUUGGGGAGUUCUCAGAAUUCAUACAAAAGGUUCGCGAGAAAGGAUACGUACCAGAGAAUGAGGAGAUUCUGCGGUACAGUAAAUUGUUUGAGGAUGAAAUCACUCUAGAGAACUUGACUAGAGCACAACUUCAGGCCCUAAACCAUGUGUUGAAUAUCCCUAACUCAUAUGCCCCCGACAACAUGUUACGAUUUCAACUGAGAAUGAAACUGCGACAACUGCUCACAGAUGAUAAGAUGAUAGAAAAGGAAGGCAUAGACAGUCUGACAACCUGGGAGCUGCAGUCAGCCGUGCGUGCCCGAGGAAUGAGAGCUUUAGGUGUGUCAGAGGAACGACUGAAGCUACAAUUACAACAGUGGCUAGAUCUGCAUCUGACACAGAAGAUUCCCACAUCUCUCCUCCUUCUCUCGAGGGCAUUGUACCUCCCUGAAACUCUUUCUACAUCUGAGCAGCUGAAGGCCACCAUCUCUGCCCUGCCAGAGUCUACGACAACAGAAGCUAAGAUCAAGGUGGCUGAGAUCCAUGGAGAAAAGGUGGACAACAAGGCUAAGUUGGAGCUGAUCAAACAACAGGAAGAAGUCAUCGAGACAGAGCGCAAGGCAAAGAAAGAGGAACUCGAGAAAACGAAGCAGGAGCAGGCGAAAGAAGAGGAGUUAGAAACAGAUCCGAAAGAAAAGGAAGAAGUUGUGGAACCAGUGAUGGAAGACAAAGCACCUAUUGUGGAGGCCAAGCCUGCAGAAACUAUUGUGGAUUCAGCACCCUCUUUAACUGAAGAGGAAGUGAAAGAGGAGGAGAUAACUCCCAAAGAACUGGAGGAUAUUGAGGCUGCUCUCGGAGAGAUCGCCAAUGAGAAGGCAAUUAACAUUGAUGAGGAGAAAAUCAAGGACCUGAAGGAGGAUGUAGAGGAAUACAAAGAGGACUUGGAGGACUUGAAGGCUGUAAUACUGGAUAAAGGUCUAGAGGAAGAUCUCGUUGAAUCCAAGGGUGCUAAGCGUCUGGCCAAACAGGUCAACAAACUGAUUGAUACCAUGGACACAGAGUUCUCUAAGCUCCAUUCAAAGAAGGAAGAAAUCCAGGAAGCCUUAGAAAUGGGAGAAGUCAAGAUCCGCCGCAGUGCCGAGUUCAAAGAGGACGAGAAAAAGAGGGACGAAUUUUUGCAGAAAAUGGCAGAGGAAACGAGGAAUUUAAUCAGCAUCAACGAACUGUUACUUGCCCUGAAGAGACUGCAGAAGGUGCCAAAUGAGACGAGGCUCCAGAGGAUCGCAGAAGUUCUAGACGAGGACAAGGAUGGAAAUAUUGAUGUUGGACAUGUGCUCAAGGUGAUAGAACUGCUGGCCAGAGAGAAUGUUAAACUGAGUCCCACCCAGGUGACCGAUGUCAUUGACCUGCUCAAGAAGGAAUCUAUGAUUGAGGAGGAAGAGAAAGCAAAGGAAAAACAGGAGAAACAAAAGAAACAACAAGACGAAGAAGUCUGUAAACAACAGGAAGCCAGUGGUUGAGUCCUGGCUGGUAAAUAUGUAGACGCGUCUCACUGCUGCCUGUAAGAUAGUUUGUCUUACAGUCAGCCAAUCAACAAAGACCUCAGGAUAGUGCAUGAAGGUGAAGGCCAUGGAUACAGCCAAUCAAAAGGAAGACUGAAGACAGCUAAUCUUAAAGCAUGCAAAAAUGACAAUGGCAAGUCCAGAGGCAGGCAGCCAAUCAAACCAUUGAAGAUAACGGACAUCUUAUCUAUCAUGAAAAAAGCAUGAAGAAUAUGAGAGCUAUCCAUCACAAUAAUUUAAACAUACCGUAUAUACAGGGAAACAAGAAGCCUGUGAGGAUGUAUGGUCAGAAUUACUCUGGGUACAUGUACCAGGUCUUGGAUAACUCGAUACUAAGUCAUUAUCUUUGUUCAGCUGUGUAUAAUUUUGUAUAAUAUGUUAAGUCAAGAGAUAUAUAUAUAGUAUGGAUCUCAUGUUUGUAACGUUAAGUACAAAUAUUUCUAUAACAGGGAUUUUUUUUCAAGAUUUUACUAUUUAUAUCAAUACAUCCAUCAUGUCAGAUAUUAUUCAUGUUGAAAUUGAAAAUUAUAGAAAUAUAUUUCAAAAGAAUAUAUAUAUAAAGUGUAAGUCUGAAGUAUAGAACAUUAUAUACAUGUACAUGUGUAUUUGUGUGGUAAGAAAGGUAAAUUGACAGAUGUGCUUGAUUUAGCAAUAGACAUGUGGUAGUGCUUUUCACUAAGAAUCUGAAACUAUAAUAACCAGUGUUAACUAUGUGUUCUGUAUGAACUUCUGCAUGGCCAAGAAUGGCUUGUGCUUGUUUAGAAAGGAAGAUCGUUUCAGGAAAUAUUACCUGAAGUAAAAUAUCAGUCUUAUUUUUUCAUUUCAGCUAUUAGUAAGCUUAAGAGUUGUGAUUAAGUUUCAAGUCAAAAAAAUAAAAUCUGGGAGAAAAUCUCAAAAAUCAAAUGCAAGAUUUACGAUCAAGUUUCAAAGCAUAAUAUAAAUCUGAGGUCAAGUUUCGACAAUAAAAAAGCAAAUGUAAAAUCUGAGAUCAGAUUUCAAGACAAAAAUUCUUUUGUCAAGAUUCAAGACAAAAAAAAGGUGUCAUAUCUAAGGAUCUAAGAUGAAAUCUGAAGUUUUCACGGAGAAGAUUAUCAAUUGGUCAGGUCCUUUUCAGCAUUCAAAUUGUAAUUAGCAUUUAUAGUUAUAUAGCAAGCCAAGCAAAUGUGUUAAGUUUAAUGUUAUAAGAAAAGUUCAUGGAAUGCGUUGAUACCAUUAGCAUAUGAGUGUGCUUAAAAUUUAGUGUAAUUGUUCUGUGUAGCUUUUUGGCGUAGUUUACAAACAUCAACAAUGCAUUGUAUCAGCUUAAGGUGAAUAUUCAAUACACUGACACAAAAUUCAGGUUUAGGUAACUUUGAAACAAGCAUCAGCAUUCAUCUGUAUAGACUUCAGGUGACAAAAUAAUCUGAAAUUCCAUCAUAACAGGGUUUGCUUUUUCAUGAUUUUAAGCAGUGUUUUUAUAUCCCAAGCUAAGUGUAGUUAGAUUAAUGUUUUGGUAUAUUUUAGGUAAAAAGUAUAUACACAAAUAAACAAUCCAUGUAAUCAUUCUUUACCAAGAAUUCUCGAGUUAUCUCCAGUGAAAUUUCUCAGUAAUUUUUGCAAAAAAAUGGAAAAAAAAUUAGUGAUUGUAAAGUCGUAGUUUCCUCAAGAAAUAUUCUUGAAAAAUCUCUUGAAAGUCUGAGCAUGUUUAGAUACAUGUACCCUGUAUCUAGUUUUGUGCUAUAUGUAGAAUAAGAAUCUGAAUUCACUAGAACCAUCAAAAUAUGUGAUGGGAAAUUCAUUAAAAUCAUCAAAUGGACAUGUAUCUCAUAAUCUGAAGAAUGAUUUGAAAGAAAUGUUAUGUCAUGCUAGCUUGUUAUAGUGUUCAGAUAUACAUUUACAUGCUUAUCAAAUGGCGUGGUGCAUUUAUUGAAGGAAAUAUGUUGAAGUUUCUUUCUUAUUAAGCUAUAUAUAUAAAGAUUGUGAUAAUUUUGUGUAAGAAAUAGGACCUAUGCUUAAAUACACAGAAAGUUUAAUGUCAAAGGUUAAACGUCACAAAGACGUUUUAUCCUGAAAUGCUUCACAUGUGAUAAAAUCCAUAAAUUGCAGUACUUUGUGCCUCGUGUAUUAUGUUUCUGGUAAGAGUUAAAAUAUUUGUAAACAGAGUAUUGAUAUUACAAUGACAGUAUAGACUGAAAUGUCUAGAGAUUCUUAUAUGUAGACUUUACCUGGUAUUGUUUACUUCUAAAUGUCCUUGUUUGUGUCCCGCUUUGACUUGUUAAGUUCCUGAACUGCUUCUAUCUCUAUAAAUGUGCUUCCACACACUUUCUGCUUGGUAUCUACACUUUCUGCUUGGUAUCUGUUUGGGGUUCAUGGGUGAUAUAAUGACCAGUAAGUUGAAGUGUACUCGGAACGAAAAAAAUUCAAAUACGGUAUGUUAUUCUAUGUAAAUGGUUAUUGCAAGAGUUAUCCCCCUUAGUUAAUUUAAGGUUUUUUUUCUUGAAAUCUACAUUUUUCAACCAAUCUGAAACCUGAAUUUUUCAACCAAUUGCUUUCAAACUUUGUAGACUUUGUCAUAAGAUUAAAUUGUACAUUCUCAGUGGCAUUUUGAUUAGAUAAUUAAUCUUUUUUGAAUUUCAAUAUUUGUAUUUGACACUUGAAAAAAGAAUGCAUUUCUUUCUGGGAGGGGCUUAUAUUGUCCUGCUGUGAUCUUGUUGACUUUGUGGGCUCGGCCGACACAUUGAAGCCUCAAAUGUAAUUGAUUAAGAGGCUAGGUGUAUGCCAUCCUAAUUUGCAUGUCACAUAUAUCAAUUUCUCAAGAUAUUUUGGAAAUUACAUUCAGAUACAUUGAAAUAGAAAUAUUUUGAUAUUGAUCUUACUGGAGAGCUUUGUAAGCCUCAAUUCUACUUAAAUUUGAAAAAAGCCUGUGUGAUAAACAGCUUAUAAAAGUUAUGGUGGUUUUAUGUAUUUUUUCUACUUGGAGUCAAGGUUUAUUUUUAAUUGAUAGUAUCUGAAGUGAAGUUUUUUCUUUCCAUCACAUUUGAAAAGAGAUACGCUUAAAGGAGUCAAAAUUUUAGUUUCUGAGAGCUUAAUUUGAACAUUUAUCAUAAACCGCUACUUAGAUACAACUUAUUACUAUAAUACAGGGUUAAAACUCUGCUAAACUUUACACUGGAAGCUUUACUUAGAAAACAUGAAAUAAAGAAAACAUGAUUUCAUGUUGUCUCCGUUCUCGGGUGGUUUAUAAUUAUUGAGUGUUGUCUACCAUUAAAAGGUUGAUACAUGUUAAUAAGAUUGUGUAAAUAACAAGGAAAACCUCAUAAAGAACACGAGUACACAAAAUGAACACUUUAUACCUCAAUCUUGAGUAUUUGGUAGUAAUCUAUGACCGCUUGUCUGCUCACAAUUGAUUAUGAUAGGGUUACACCAAUUUUGUAUUUCCUUCUUCUAAAGAAUGGGAGGGGAUACCAUGAAGUGUAUACACUCACAGGGACUUGGCAUGAAUUCCUAACCCAUGGUUCAUAAAUACGUAUAUGAGUCAUACAUGUAUAUGGACCAUGGGUUGGGAAUUCAUGCCUUUUUUUACGCUUAGUCUUGUAUUAAUAAGUGAAAGCUGUAGGAAUGAAUUGAAACUGUUGGCUUUCCCUUUUUAACAUUUUGCUGUGUUACAUGUUCCAACUGUUUUGAAUUUUCCUCCUCAGGGAGACUGCACGAUUAAGUCUUUUUGACAAGCUGCCAGGUAAUAAGUCAAAGAUUCAGAUAUUUGAAAGUCUGAAUAUUAAAUAAUUUUUUUUUUAAUGUGAAAGGAAUGCAUGCACCCCAACCCCCAACCCAACCAAAUUGUCUUUAUACUUUAUUAUUGUCUUUAUAGGGAAAAACUGACAACUUUCUCUUUCUCCAUAUUUCUUAUGUCCACACACUGCAGUGUUCGUGGCUGAUUUUGACCGGUCAGUUUAAUAUUGGCCUUAUUGUGACUUCAAGUCAUAGAAAACACUAAUUUCAUCAUAUUUGGGCAGAAAUGAAAAAGUUUGAAAUGUGAAGAUUGUAUAGAGUAACACAGAAAUGUGUGCCAAUGUGAUGCCUUUUUACUUGGUGAUCCUUUAAAACACCCUUUUCAUCCUUGGUUUCAGAUUAGGGUGUCGGGUUCUAAUUUAUUUGAGUAUAUAUUUGAUCUCUUCAGUUUUGUAACACUGACAUACUCUUCUUGACCAUAGGUCAAUAUUUCUUAUUCUUUUCUCAUUGUCUGUAUUUUAUGUGUCUUAGACGUAUCUGUCCUUUUUUUUCUUUUUUUUUUUAACACUUUUGGUGUCCUAGACAUCCUACAUCCAUGAAAACUCCUUUUUGGGCAGUAAUUGAUCAGAUUGCCUCUGUGUUUUUACACAAAUGUAAAUUACUUUUCUUUAUGACAUAUUUUCUCUGUGAUAUCCUGUCAUUAGUCCAACAUUUCCAACAACAAUAAAAUCAGCUGUCCCCAAGAUAACGGAGAGAUUACACAUAUUUACUGUCACAAGUAUCUACUAGGAGUACUAUCAUUUCGUCAGGGAAAUCUUGUCUUUACUGAUUAAACUGACAGAAAUUUAUAUGAAAUACUAAAAGGGCAUUUGGUUUAAAAAAGAUAAUUAUUUAAUAUCUAUAUCGAGAACAUUUUUGUUGGAAAAAAGAUAUGAUAUUGAUAUUGUUAGAUAAUUGUAAAUGAGUUCUGGUAACCAUGUACAUAUUAAAUGGAGUAUUAUUAUGUGCUUGUGUUUGUCCCUGAGGAAAUACAUUUUUAUUUAUUUUGACACGUAAAUAUAUACUAUGUAUAUAUUCUGAAUAUAAAUAUGUGUUAAGUGGAUAAAAAUAUUAAUAUGGUAUUAACACAUUAUACAAUGUAUAAUAUAAAUAGGUAGAGAAUUCCAUCAUGUCAUAUGGGAUCUCUUUUUUAUUUUCUGACUUGGAAUGAUUUAUAGCAAAGAAUUUUUGGUGUAAGUUUCUUUUUUUAAAGUUGUAUCACCAUCAAAAGGGUUUUUCAAUCCCCAAACCACUUUAUUACAAUAACAGUGAAUUUAUCAACUGCACUGCUGGUAAUGAUAUCGGUUAUAUGUUCAAAUAUUUGAUUUCUUUAAAAAGACCCACAAACUAUAAUUAACUUUUAAUUAAAAGCAAAAAAGACAAAUUCAUAAAAAAUACUUUCCAAGUCUUUACUAAUUUAGACGAUGGUGAGGCUCUCUCCUUUAAAACGAAAUGUGAUUAAAUUGUGCUGUGUCUUAUUUCCACUAAAAUUCUUGGCAUAUUUUUACUGAAACAUGCAUUUGUUAAGUUUCCUCCCUUUCACCACAAUUUUCCAAUUUCCAAAUUAUCAGUGUUUUACAUUAUCCUAUUAGAGUUAUCUCCUUUUGGUAGCUCUUUGAUGCUUAGUGCUAUAUCUUUUAUUACAUAAUUGUCAUUUGUCCUAAUUUAGCUGAAAUCAGUCAUUAUUGAUGGAAUACAUAUGUA